UUUGUCGUGAACAGCAUGGAGGAGAAUGACCCCAAGCCCAUCGAAGCGGCGGCGGCGGCGGCGGAGGGGCAGCGGCAGCCGGAAUCCAGCCCCGGCGGCGGCUCCGGUGGCGGCGGCGGCGGCGGCGGCAGCCCGGGCGACGCGGACACUGGCCGCCGGCGGGCUCUGAUGCUGCCCGCGGUCCUGCAGGCGCCGGGCAACCACCAGCACCCGCACCGCAUCACCAACUUCUUCAUCGACAACAUCCUGCGGCCCGAGUUCGGCCGCAGAAAGGACGCGGGGACGUGCUGUGCCGGCGCGGGAGGAGGAAGAGGCGGUGGAGCCGGCGGCGAAGGCGGCGCGGGCGGCGCGGAAGGAGGAGGCGGUGGCGCGGGCGGCGCCGAACAGCUCCUGGGGUCGGGCCGGGAGGCCCGGCAGAACGCGCCCGGGGCGCCCGGGGCGGGCGGGCCGCUUCCCGGCGGCGGCGGCGGCGGCGGCGGCGGCGACUCUCCGGGCGACGGGGAAGGCGGCUCCAAGGCGCUCUCGCUGCACGGCGGCGCCAAGAAAGGCGGCGACGCCGGGGGCCCCCUGGACGGGGCGCUCAAGGCCCGCGGCUUGGGCGGCGGCGACCUGUCGGUGAGCUCGGACUCGGACAGCUCGCAGGCCAGCGCCAACCUGGGCGCGCAGCCCAUGCUUUGGCCGGCCUGGGUCUACUGCACGCGCUACUCCGACCGGCCGUCUUCAGGUCCCAGGUCUCGCAAACCAAAGAAGAAGAACCCCAACAAAGAGGACAAGAGGCCGCGCACGGCCUUCACGGCCGAGCAGCUGCAGAGGCUCAAGGCCGAGUUCCAGACCAACAGGUACCUGACGGAGCAGCGACGCCAGAGCCUGGCGCAGGAGCUCAGCCUCAACGAGUCGCAGAUCAAGAUUUGGUUCCAGAACAAACGCGCCAAGAUCAAGAAGGCCACGGGCAACAAGAACACGCUGGCCGUGCACCUCAUGGCACAGGGCCUGUACAACCACUCGACCACGGCCAAGGAGGGCAAGUCGGACAGCGAGUAGGGCGGGCGGGCGCGAGUCCAGUCUCAGUCCACGCUAAACAAUGCAAUAAUUUAAAAUCAUAAAGGGCCAGUGUAUAAAGAUUAUACCAGCAUUAAUAGUGAAAAUAUCGUGUAUUCGCUACGGUUCUGCAAUAUUCUAUGUAUAUAUAAUUUACAGGUGGUGUAAAAUCCAAAAUAUCUGACUAUAAAAUAUUUUUUUGAGUUUUUCUGUGUUUAUGAGAUUAUGCUAAUUUUAUGAUUUUUUUUUUUUUUUGCAAAGGGGGGCUGCUUAGGGUUUCAUCUUUUUUAAUCCCCUAAGCUCCAUGGUGGGACAUCGGACACUUUUAUUUUUUAAUUUCAGAAGAAGAAAAAAAAAAUUAAAACAACUUGCUAAAGUCCAAAGAUUUUUAUUGCUGCAUUUCACACGACUGUGAACCGAAUAAAUAGCUCCUACUUGGUCUAUGA